UUUACUAUUCUUUUCCUCGGUCAUUUCAUUUUCAACCAGUAGAACUUUUGGUUCAGCGCUGCUCAAAAUAAAAAGAUUUGAUUAACUCGACCAAAGAUUUUACAUAAAUAUGGCUGGUACUAAUAAAGAUAUCGAGAAGCCACAAGGUCCAGAUGCUGCAUCAGUACAUCGCAUCCGUAUCACUUUAACUUCCAGGAAUGUACGUUCUUUGGAAAAUGUGUGCCGCGAUUUAAUCAAUGGCGCCAAAAACCAGAACUUGCGCGUUAAGGGCCCAGUACGCAUGCCAACUAAAACUUUACGUAUUACAACCCGUAAAACACCUUGUGGUGAAGGUUCAAAGACUUGGGAUCGUUUCCAGAUGAGAAUUCACAAACGCAUUAUUGAUUUGCAUUCGCCAUCUGAAAUCGUGAAGAAGAUUACUUCCAUCAAUAUUGAACCUGGUGUAGAAGUUGAAGUUACCAUUGCUAACUAAGCAUUUUUUUUACAUUCUUAGUAUGUAAAAAUGAACUUUUUUUUAUUAAAAAAGUAAAAUUAAA